AUUGUUGACCUUGAGGAAACUGGGGGAUUUACAGAUAAUUUCUGAUUAAACUGCUUUCGAUUUCAUUUGCGUUUCAGUGUUGCUGCUGCGAUGAUGAGUGUUAAACUGUUGGCGAUUUUGUUGGUUGCGUUGUGCGGUGGUGUUUCGUCCGCUUCAGCUUUCGCAAAGAGGAGUCCGUUUUAUUACGAGUACAAGGAUAAACUGUAUUAUUUGGAAACUUUCUACAAGGCAACGUUCUAUAAAGCCUUCAUGUCUUGCAGUAAAAUGGGCAUGAAUUUGCUGAGCAUCGAUUCCGAUGAGGAGUUCGAUAAAAUCCAUACGUUUGUGAAGGAUAAAAUGGAAUACAAGGAUGGUUUGAUGAUUUUGACGUCGGGGGCGGCGAAGGAGAUGCGCCAAUUCCAUUGGAUGAAUACAGGAAAUCCGGUUCGAUUGUCCAGGUGGCAUCCGGGCGAACCGAACAACACCAGCGGACGCGAAUACUGCUUGCACAUUUGGCUCACGAACAACAAAUUCCUGCUGAACGAUACGCACUGCGAUUUGGAAAUGUACUUCAUUUGCGAAUCGAAGAAAAUCUAAAUAAAUUUCCCAUCUCGAACGUA